UUGAUUUGUUCAAUCUGGCUUUGGAUCUAGAUUCGAAUUUGUCCCCCUCGUCUUCUGUUCCCCGCCUGGCUGUUCUUGGUUUGUUUUAAAUUUUUCAUUUUAAGUUGGCAUUGAAUCUGGUCGUGUCAUCGUAUGAAUAUUGACGCUUUUGAAUUUGGGAAUGUUUACAUAUUAAGUUUUUUUUUUUUUCACGAGUUUUUGCUUGAAUGGUGUGUGAUUGGCUUAUACUUCUUCCCACUUCAUUCUGGUUACUAGCGACUCGUAUGAUUUGGAUUGUGUUGUUUUGCAAUGUUGGAUUUGUUGUGUAUUGGCAUUCUUUUUGUUGAUCUUUUAAUAUUAUCAUCAAUUUUCGACAGUUCUCUACGUAUUUGUGAUGUAUGAUCUUGUAAAUGACUUGGCUGGAGUUGUGUCAAAGUAUCUGAACAAAAAAUUAAAAGGUUAUUAUGUCAACUAUACAUAUUUCAAAGAUUUCAUUUGCCCCCACCCAGUGUAGUAUAGGCCCGCCAAUGAGUGCAGAGGGGAGAAUAAAUAAUGAAAAGCCAAAAUGACAGGAGUAAUUCAGAAGUUUUUUAUUGCGUCGCUGUUUAUGUGGGUUGCGCCUCUUGCAAUUCUCUAUGGGUUUAACCAUAAUCUGCUACCUGGAUCCACCAGUUUGUCCCCUUACUCUACAACUCUGGUGAGCGGAUUUCUUGCCGUCAUGUCAGUUAAUAUUGUCAUAGUAUUUUACAUAAUUAUGGCAAUGAGAGAACCUGCAGAUAAACAUGUGCCGGAUCCCAAAUUUCUUGCUGAAGCCAAAGCUAGCAUGAACCAAUCUACAGGGGACUCUCAGCAACCUAAUAAGCCUCUCAAAAAACAAGAUUAACUCGGAACUCCUAGUUCUUUGUCUUGCAAUAGCUAGCAGUUCAUCUCAGAAAAGAGAGAAAAUUUGGGGUUGAGGUGGAAAGGUCCUGAAUUGUAUAUGCUGCUAAAGCUUCAUACAAAUAUCACAUGUGAUUCUUCACGAGCACUAUUUCCAUGCCUUAUUUUAAGGCACCAGUGUCUUUUAGUAUAUACAAGUUCUUUGACAGUAUGUGAUGCAACUUUUUUCUUCCCCUUUUCACCACUUUGGGUUCUCUGCCUGAGAGAGAAGUGAUUUGGAGAAAGCCUGUGAAAAUUUUCGCAGGAUAACUUUUUGGAUAGACUAUGUAAGCCGUGGGCAUGUGGACAUAUUAGAGGUGAAACUUGCUGGAAAAUUAUCUAUCCUGUUUCCGUGGUGGUUCUCUAUGGAUCUAGUCUUUUUCAGGAUAGGAUGGAUCGGAUGUUUGUGCAUGUAUGUCUCAGAUUUAUCACUCACCACUAAUCAGAGUGACACAGCCUUCAAUUAAGUUAAUGAAAGUUAAGGGUCUGAUUGGUUAAGAUUUGAGUGUGAUAUAAAGCAGACCUAAUUGCUGAUGUCUUGUACGGCGAGGAUGAAGGGGAAGAAUGUUGACAUCGGUUUCAUAUGUUAAACUGAAAUCUAAAUUCUGGGCUUCUCCAACGUGAUAUGAUUAGACGAUAAGUCAACUUUUGUCGCUUUGUAAUCUAGAUGCUCCAUUCUCUUUAUGUUCUCCUUGUCGGUAGCUCCUGAAUAUACUGAAAACAUCUUUCAUCUGCGAUGAGUAAUUGUGUGGUUAAUAUUGUUUCA